GUUUUUCCUUUCUCUUCUCUCGUUGCAGCAGACGCGCAGUGGCCGAGACCAAGCCCCCUGUCGCUUCGUCUCCCAGAUCCAAUCGCUCCAUCUCUCCCUCCCUCUCUGGUUUUGGGGUUUGACGCAUGGCUUCAAAGCGUAUUCUGAAGGAGCUCAAGGAUCUCCAGAAGGAUCCUCCUACAAACUGCAGCGCAGGUCCUGUGGCUGAAGACAUGUUCCACUGGCAAGCAACUAUCAUGGGUCCCCCUGACAGCCCAUACGCCGGAGGAGUGUUUUUGGUCACCAUUCAUUUCCCUCCGGAUUAUCCUUUCAAGCCUCCAAAGGUGUCUUUCAAAACUAAGGUCUUCCACCCGAAUAUCAACAGCAAUGGAAGCAUUUGCCUUGACAUCCUGAAAGAACAAUGGAGCCCUGCACUUACCAUAUCCAAGGUUCUGCUGUCGAUUUGUUCACUGCUGACAGACCCGAAUCCAGAUGAUCCGCUGGUGCCUGAGAUUGCUCACAUGUACAAGACAGACAGAGCAAAGUACGAGGCGACUGCACGCAGCUGGACCCAGAAGUAUGCCAUGGGAUGAUGAGUUCUAAUUUUAGCUGGAGCAAAUGCUUUUGAUUUUAUCAUACAAGUGUCUAUGGGGGAGACCGAACUUAAGACUUGUGUUGGCUGCCCUGCUGUGAUGUGAUCAUAAUCGAACAUGAAUGACACUCAGGCUUGUGUGGUUAUUAUGACCAUUUCCCUU